CACUUGGAUGUACACCCCUUGCACGACUUCGAGAUCAUCGGCCGCACCGGGCCGUACUGGGUAGGCCUGCGCCGCCGACAGUCGAGCUCCCAACUGGUCUUACUGCACCGCGUGCAGCAGACGAGCUUGGCUGACUUCCGAAGGCUGUCGCGGGUGGCGCAUCCUCACAUUUCGCGGCCCGUAGGCCUCUACCUCGUCAAGCUCGACGCCUAUAUUGCGUUUGAGCACACGGAGCUGGAUGUUCACGAUCUUCCUUUCCGGUCCGUGGCCGACGUGGGGAAUAUCAUGGCGCAGGUGCGUCGGUCGAUCGCGGCAAUCGCAGGGAAAGUAUGUUGA